AUGGCAGCAAAUGACCCUAAGCUGAGAAAAGUUGAGUUGAGUCAUUUAGAAUGGCAACAAGUAGACAUAUUAUUUACAACUCUUUUACCCGCAAAAAUUUUUACUAAAAAAUUGCAAUAUGAGCAAUUGACUCUUACUGAUUUUUAUGGAGCUUGGAUUGCUUGUAGAAUCGAAACAGAAUCCUUGAACAAUACAUUUUCUAAUAAGUUGGUACAGUGUUUGAGAUCUAGGGAACUAAAUAUUAUGAACAACCAAGUUCUUCUAACAGCAAUUUUCUUAGAUCCCCGAUUCAACAUAACAUUGACAGAAUAUCAAUAUAUACUUGAAGAUUUUCUGAAACAGAAAGAAAAUGAUAACCAGUGCAGUUCAAUUUCAAGUUCAACUUCAAGCCAACAAAAUUCUCAAAAUUCACUUUCAACAAAAAUGGAAACUUUAUUAAAAACAUACAAAUUAGAUGAAAAGAGAUUAAGCCACAAGACAAAUAUUCUAGAGUACUGGAAGACAAUGAAGACAAAAUACCCAGAAAUUUAUCAGCUGGCACAAAUAGUUUUUUUUGUUCCGGCAACCCAGAUGCAAUAUAACACCUGCACACCUAGAAGACCAAUUACUAGUUAG